UCUCUCCCAACCUUAACCCUAAAAGAAAUCGUAAGAAUUCAUUAAUGGUGUCGGUGUAUUACAAGUUCAAGAGCUCCAAAGAUUUCCAUUCUAUUCCCAUUGAUGGUCCUUUCAUUUCAGUUUCUGCUUUCAAAGACAAAAUCUUUGCCUCCAAACGUUACGGCAACGGCAAUGAUUUUGAUUUGUUAAUCAGCGAUGUUCAAACCGAUCAACAAUAUAAUGAUGGCUCCAUCUUAAUCGCCGCAAACUCUUCUCUUUUAAUUCGUCGCACUCCUGGAAUACCUCAAUUACCGAUUGUUAUUGGUGGAGAAAAACCGAAGACUGAAAAGAACCCAUCAUCUGUUGUGAAAGACCUGCAAGAAGAAGAAGGCUUUGAUUCCCAUGAUUUUGGACUUGAUUUUAAUUCCAUUCCCAAAAACUCAACUCUGAAUCCAAGCAAUAUCCAUUGUAAGGAAGAGAAAAUUGAUUAUGGGUUUAGAUUUCUACCUGUCAAAGGGUUUGGAAAAGGCCAAAUUCCACCACAGGGCUACGUUUGCCAUCGGUGUAAGGUGGCUGGGCAUUAUAUUCAGCAUUGCCCUACUAAUGGUGAUCCCAGAUUUGAUUUUAAAAGGGGUAAUCCUACAACUGGCAUUUCAAAUGCUUUUGCUUCUGCUUCUGCUUCUGCUUCAACUAAUUCAAGUUGUUCUGUUGGUAAUAAUAUACCACUCGAACUUUACUGUCCAUUGUGUAAGAAAGUAAUGAAAGAUGCUGUUUUGACAAAGUGCUGCUUUGCUAGCUUUUGUGAUAAGUGUAUAAGGGAUCUUAUUGUUUCCAUGUCAGUUUGUGUAUGCCAAAGAAAAAUAGUGGCUGAUGAUAUUCUGCCUAAUAAGACUGUUAGAGAUACUAUUAGUCGAAUUCUGAAUCAAUCUGGAGAUACAAGUUCUGAAGCCAACACUGAAGAGAAAGAAAUACAACAGAAGAAGGCAGAUUCGGGUGAGGCAGAACAGAAGAGGAAGAGGAAGGUCUAUAACAUGCCAAAUGACUCACAAUGGAAAAUCUCCCAACAUGUUGGAGUAGACAGCUAUACGACCCGUAAUCCAUACCAGGCUGGUAUAUGUCCUGAAUUUAUGUCGCCAGAGAGGAACCUUUCUAUGCUUGGGAUGGAUGCAAAUUUUGCCCAACUCCAGAAGAAAUUGAGAGCUUCUGUUAUAACAAUUGGUUUAAGGCGUCCUAAAUUGCAUCUGAUGCAUUUGCAAGAACACAAACAAGUGCCGAGGGACUUCAAAAGUUCUUGUUUCAGAGCUUUAGAUUUAAGUUCUUUUAUGAGCUUGAUUAAUUUGGACUUCCUCAUCCUUCAAAUUCUUACACCAACCGAAAAGGAUAAACCAACAUCAUCAUCGUGCCGCUGUUUGUUAUGCUUCUCAAAAGCUAAUGCUUUAAACAAAUCUGAAUUCCUGAUAAAACCCCAAAAAUUAAAGCAAAACCCACAGAAACCAAUUGCCCAGAGGACGUGA